AUGGAAGUAAGAAAGAGGAUUUUUAAACUGUCACUUUGUAUUGGUUAUAUGCCUCACCAUAUAUACAUGUUUUCUAUGCCUUAUCUUACCUCUGGGUCAUUCCAUAUGAUUUUCAAUCACUUUCUGACUGCACCCCUUUUGAUUUGAACGACACCUUAGAGGUGCUCAAAGUUUACCAAUUUUGCAUACCCCACCCUACCAUGAGACAUCCAUGUCUUCAUCACUGAAAAAGAUAAACAGUUGCGUUUGAUAUAAUUUGAAUGCUUACAAACAGGGUGGUCAAACUAUUCUAUGAUUUCUUGGAAAAAAGUUUUUCAUAAUAUAAAAUAAAAAUUAAGCUUUACUGUCAAUUAUUUAAAACUCAGAUAUUUUUAAUUUUCACAAAUAUUGUAGUUUAGACCCUAUUUUACAUAAUCUGAAGUGUUUGUGUUGUGCCCGUCAUACUCUUGAAAAAAGGGUGGGUGUCAUUUCAAUCAUACAAAUGGAAUUCAUAGAAUUCUAUCCCUUCAGACCGCUGACGUUUAAAUUGAAUUCAAACUUCAACUUCCAAUUUCUACCAGAAAGAUGGCCAACCGGUCCACCCACCGUCAAAUGUCAACUUGAAUGGGUCUGUUUAUUCUAUUAUCUAUAUUUCUAGGAUUUCAAUAGGUUUCCUAUAGAAGCUUGACAGUUCAAUUUAUAACAAUGGAUAUUCCCACUCAAGUCAACAUUCUCUGAUAUCUGACACCCACCCUGCAUUCAAGAGUAUGCUGUGUCUCAACCGAUGGCAGGCACAACACAAACACCUCAGAUGAUGUAAAAUAGGGUCUAAGCUACAACAUAUACAGUGAGGGAAAAAAGUAUUUGAUCCCCUGCUGAUUUUGUACGUUUGCCCACUGACAAAGACAUGAUAAGUCUAUAAUUUUAAUGGUAGGUUUAUUUGAACAGUGAGAGACAGAAUAACAACAAAAAAAUCCAGAAAAACACAUGUCAAAAAUGUUAUAAAUUGAUUUGCAUUUUAAUGAGGGAAAUAAGUAUUUGACCCCCUCUCAAUCAGAAAGAUUUCUGGCUCCCAGGUGUCUUUUAUACAGGUAACGAGCUGAGAUUAGGAUCACACUCUUAAAGGGAGUAUAAAAGACACCUGUCCACAGAAGCAAUCAAUCAAUCAGAUUCCAAACUCUCCACCAUGGCCAAGACCAAAGAGCUCUCCAAGGAUGUCAGGGACAAGAUUGUAGACCUACACAAGGCUGGGAUGGGCUACAAGACCAUCGCCAAGCAGCUUGGUGAGAAGGUGACAACAGUUGGUGCGAUUAUUCGCAAAUGGAAGAAACACAAAAUAACUGUCAAUCUCCCUCGGCCUGGGGUUCCAUACAAGAUCUCACCUCAUAGAGUUGCAAUGACCAUGAGAACGGUGAGGAAUCAGCCCAGAACUACACGAGAGGAUCUUGUCAAUGAUCUCAAGGCAGCUGGGACCAUAGUCACCAAGAAAACAAUUGGUAACACACUAUGCUGUAAAGGACUGAAAUCCUGCAGCGCCCGCAAGGUCCCCCUGCUCAAGAAAACACAUAUACAGGCCCGUCUGAAGUUGUUUGCCAAUGAACAUCUGAAUGAUUCAGCGGAGAACUGGGUGAAAGUGUUGUGGUCAGAUGAGACCAAAAUCGAGCUCUUUGGCAUCAACUCAACUCGCCGUGUUUGGAGGAGGAGGAAUGCUGCCUAUGACCCCAAGAACACCAUCCCCACCGUCAAACAUGGAGGUGGAAACAUUAUGCUUUGGGGGUGUUUUUCUGCUAAGGGGACAGGACAACUUCACAGCAUCAAAGGGACGAUGGACGGGGCCAUGUACCAUCAAAUCUUGGGUGAGAACCUCCUUCCCUCAGCCAGGGCAUUGAAAAUGGGUCGUGGAUGGGUAUUCCAGCAUGACAAUGACCCAAAACACACGGCCAAGGCAACAAAGGAGUGGCUCAAGAAGAAGCACAUUAAGGUCCUGGAGUGGCCUAGCCAGUCUCCAGACCUUAAUCCCAUAGAAAAUCUGUGGAAGGAGCUGAAGGUUCGAGUUGCCAAACGUCAGCCUCGAAACCUUAAUGACUUGGAGAAGAUCUGCAAAGAGGAGUGGGACAAAAUCCCUCCUGAGAUGUGUGCAAACUUGGUGGCCAACUACAAGAAACGUCUGACCUCUUUGAUUGACAACAAGGGUUUUGCCACCAAGUACUAAGUCUGUGUUUUGCAGAGGAGUCAAAUACUUAUUUCCCUCACUAAAAUGCAAAUCAAUUUAUAACAUUUUUGACAUGCGUUUUUCUGGAUUAUUUUGUUGUUAUUCUGUCUCUCAAUGUUCAAAUAAACCUACCAUUAAAAUUAUAGACUGAUCAUGUCUUUGUCAGUGAGCAAACGUACAAAAUCCAGUACAAAUACUUUUAUCCCUCACUGUACAUAUGUAUAGGUUUGUUACAGGUUUUCAAUUCAAUUAUAAACAGGACAGUACGUUAAACUAUAACCAUGUUUUAUCAUUUGCUUUCAGUGUCUAAAGGAUCUCAAGCACAAGUUUUUACAGAAGGAGAGGUAUGAAAACCUGUCAUCUGUUGGUGAGAUGAAGGAGACUCUGGAGGAACUGAAGAAGAUGAUGGCAUGGUGCUUGGUAGGUUUUUCCUUGUCAGGUAUUUGUGAAGUAUAUUUGUAUAAAUAUGUUGUCAGGUUGUUAUCAGGGUUAAUUUAAGAUCUGAGUGUGUCAACUGGAUCUGUAGUCACACUCAAACCAUUUGAGCUAUUGAUACGAUAGAGAAAUGUAAACCUGUUUUAUAUCUUAGUUUUAUAUCUCUCUUUUCCAUCCAGAAUAAAGUGACAGUAGCUGAAAAUAAAUUGCAGGACAUGCAGAGCAGGCUUGACAGUCGGAGAGAAGAGGAGGAGACCUUGACUUUCGGAAGAUAAAGGAAGUAGUGAAGGCGAAGGAUAAAGCCCAGAAAGAACAGAAGGUAAGAGGCUGGGUUGGGGUCAAUCCCAUUUUAGUAAGUAAACUGAGGCUGUCUUAAAUGACGCCCUAUACCCUAUGUAGUACACUACUUUUGACCAGGGUCCCUAGUGCUCUGUUAAAAUAUAGUGGACUUUAUAGGGAAUAGGGUGCCGUUUGGGAUACAUCCCAUUGCCUUAUGACAGAUGGUGUCAUUCUAACACGACACGCAUUGCCACGCGUCUGACGUAAGACAAUGGGACAUUUUCUAAUUUUCCUCACCAAUAACUUUACAUACUAAUUUGUGCAUUUUAUGCAUGUAUUUGCAGCACUUUAAAAGUUAACACAUUUGUCUGAGCUGUACUUUUUCUCCUACAAAUGUUGUAUUCUAGCUAGUUCUCUUCCGUGCGCUGAACAAACAAACUGAAGCAAUCUCUUCUUCGGGAGAGAAUUCACAAAGUGAAAAAUAUGUGAGUGGUUUUUGAGUGAUAGUUGGGCAUUCAGCAUUAGUCAAUGUUUGGAAGGAUAUACUGUGAAAAGAUACACGUUGCACUCUGAUUUACUGUAUCUACAGUUGAAGUCGGAAAUUUACAUGCACCUUAGCCAAAUACAUUUAAACUCAGUUUUUCACAAUUCCUGACAUUUAAUCCUAGUAAAAAUUCCCUGUCUUAGGUCAGUUAGGAUCACCACUUUAUUUUAAGAAUGUGAAAUGUCAGAAUAAUAGUAGAGAGAAUGAUUUAUUUCAGCUUUUAUUUCUUUCAUCACAUUCCCAGUGGGUCAGAAGUUUACAUACACUCAAUUAGUAUUUGGUAGCGUUGCCUUUAAAUUGUUUAACUUGGGUCAAACAUUUCAGGUAGCCUUCCACAAGCUUCCCACAAGAAGUUGGAUGAAUUUUGGCCCAUUCCUCCUGACAGAGCUGGUGUAACUGAGUCAGGUUUGUAGGCCUCCUUGCUCGCACACGCUUUUUCAGUUCUGCCCACAAAUGUUGUAUAGGAUUGAGGUCAGGGCUUUGUGAUGGCCACUCCAAUAUCUUGACUUUGUUGUCCUUAAGCCAUUUUGCCACAACUUUGGAAGUAUGCUUGGGGUCAUUGUCCAUUUGGAAGACCCAUUUGCGACCAAGCUUUAACUUCCUGACUGAUGUCUUGAGAUGUUGCUUCAAUAUAUCCACAUAAUGUUCCUUCCUCAUGAUGCCAUCUAUUUUCUGAAGUGCACCAGUCCCUCCUGCAGCAAAGCACCCCCACAGCAUGAUGCUGCCACCCCGUGCUUCACGGUUGGGAUGGUGUUCUUCGGCUUGCAAGCCAACCCCUUUUUCCUCCAAACAUAACGAUGGUCAUUAUGGCCAAACAGUUCUAUUUUUGUUUCAUCAGACCAAAAAGUAUGAUCUUUGUCCCUAUGUGCAGUUGCAAACCAUAGUCUGGCUUUUUUAUGGCGGUUUUGGAGCAGUGGCUUCUUCCUUGCUGAGCGGCCUUUCAGGUUAUGUCAAUAUAGGACUCGUUUUACUGUGGAUAUAGAUACUUUUUUACCUGUUUCCUCCAGCAUCUUCACAAGGUCCUUUGCUGUUGUUCUGGGAUUGAUUUGCACUUUUCGCACCAAAGUAUGUUCAUCUCUAGGAGACAGAACGCGUCUCCUUCCUGAGCGGUAUGACGGCUGCGUGGUCCCAUGGUGUUUAUACUUGCGUACUAUUGUUUGUUCAGAUGAACGUGGUACCUUCAGGUGUUUGGAAAUUGCUCCCAAGGAUGAACCAGACUUGUGGAGGUCUACCAUUUUUUUUCUGAGGUCUUGGCUGAUUUCUUUAGAUUUUCCCAUGAUAUCAAGCAAAGCGGCACUGAGUUUGAAGGUAGGCCUUGUAAUACAUCCACAGAUACACCUCCAAUUGACUCAAAUUAUGUCAAUUAGCCUAUCAGAAGCUUCUAAAGCCAUUACAUCAUUUUCUGGAAUUUUCCAAGCUGUUUAAAGGCACAGUCAACUUAGUGUAUGUAAACUUCUGACCCACUGGAAUUGUGAUACAGUGAAUUAUAAGUGAAAUAAUCUGUCUGUAAACAAUUGUUGUCAAAAUUACUUGUGUCAUGCACAAAGUAGAUGCCCUAAACGACUUGCCAAAACUAUAGUUUGUUAACAAGAAAUUUGUGGAGUGGUUGAAAAACAAGUUUGAAUGACUCCAACCUAAGUGUAUGUAAACUUCCGACUUCAACUGUAGGUAUGACUAUUCAUUGCAUUCGUGGUCCACUUACUCUUUUGGUUAGAUAACUACUGUAGUUACUUUCAGCUUUAAACCCAACAGUGGGAGUCAGUUUUGAUUUCUUUGCAUACAUUCAGGCUUUUCUUGAAAUUAUCUUUGAUGUAACCCUGUAGUGGGAGUCAGAACAAGGAGGCAGAGGCAGAGCACACAAAAAGACUGCAGAAAAUCUCCAGUCUGAGGAUGCAGCUGGAGAAGCAUGAGACGCAGUUCACCACCCUGAAUCAGGAGAUCAAGGACAAGCAACAGGCUCUGUUCAAAGAAAAGAAGGAGCUGGACAAGCUAUGGUAAUGGGAAAUGAUUCAAAGUCGAUUUUCUUUCUCAUCCAAGAAUGUAAUCUUAUCAUACUGUACAGCUUGUUUUUAAAGUCAGAGAUGCAUUCCGUUUACAUUCUUCUACACCAGCAUUCUACUACAGUAUGAAAGGAGUAUUCCAACAAAUACCUACAGACCAUUAGCAAUUUUAGACAUCCUCAGUCAGUAUUGAGACUGAGAAGCUUAGUGUUCGAGUAGGGUGUGGCCCAGGACUGCCACUUAUAGGCCUCAGCAAAAUGGUCACCACCACUUUUUGCAUCAACUGUGACUGACAUGGAAUGUUUGUGUAUCAGAUGCACUCCACUUCUAUAGUACAAGUACUAAAAUGUAUGUAAUGCUCAUGUAUUGAUUGAAUGCACUAGGUUGGAAGAUAAGAAUAUCCAAGUGUCAAUGGGGGCUAAACUGAAGAGGAAGAACCAGCUCCUGGCCAGUAGAUCCAACAAACUGAAGCGCUUUGGAAAUAACAUGCCUGACCUGCUAGACACCAUCGAUAAGGUUCACAUCCAAGGACGCUUUACCAAGAAACCUUUCGGUCCUAUAGGUCAGUGGUUCUCAACCUUCUUUGGUUAAUGUAGCCCAUUCAUAUUGUGGUCUGCCCAAAUUACACCCUCAUGUGCAGCACAUCUUUGACCCUAUGUUCUUGAGUCUUCCUAAGUACCCCCUAUGGAUAGGUAGUACCCCUUAGUGCCCCUUGUUGAGAAACCUCACAAAGAUGUACUUAUCAUGAAUUAAUGUUUGUUCGUCUCUAUUCAUUAAUUCAUUCAUUCAUUCAUCCACUUACCCAUCCAUCCAUCCAUGUUUUCCCCUCAGGUGCAUGUAUCAACCUGAAGGACCCUACGUUAGCUGUUGCAGUGGAGAGCUGCUUGAGGAGCUUCAUGAAGACCUUCUGCUGUGACAACUACAAGGACGAGGCUGUCCUCCAGGACCUGAUGUCACACUACUUCUCUAAAGGCAACAGGCCCCAGAUCAUCGUCAGCCCCUUCUCUAGUUCUGUCUACAAGGUUCAAGGACGGUGAGACACACUGGCUCCAUCUGAAAUGGCAACAUAUUCCCUACAUAGUGCGCUACUUUUGACCAGGGCCGAUAGGGCUCUGAUCAAAAGUAGUGCACUAUGUAGGGAAUAGGGUGCCAUUUGGACGCAAGCAUAGUUUUUAUUGAUGUUGUUGAAUAGCGGUAGCUACUAUUGACCAUAUUUGGUCAAUGUCCAUAUUUAGUUAUAGCUGUGUGUAGACUGAUGAAGACAAGUCUUAAUGUUAACAAAUAAUUAUGUUAUAUGCACAUAACAAACUGUAUAUAAAAAUGUUGAGUCAGUAAAGCUAUUUUGUAUAAAUGUGUUUUUGUAUUUUGUUGUGUUUCAGGGGAGUCAAUCACCCUGACUACCCCUCGGUGCUGGACUCUCUGAGCAUAGCCAACCCAGUCAUUACCAACUGUCUCAUUGACAUGAGGGUCAUAGAAUCCAUUCUCAUCAUCAAAGUUAGUUUCUACCCAGAUCGUUCAUAAUAUUUACAUGUUGCAUGUACAGUCCAACAAACUGUUUGAAGGAGUGUGCAUUGAGGCAGCUAAAAUUGAAAGAUAUAAAAGUGGUUAUGACAUUUGUGUUUCUAACUGUACCAUCAUGGAAUUUAUCAGGCUGUCUUGCAUAUAGUGGGCACUGUAUGUAGCUGAAGUUUGAUGAAGAUAGUUUUAGCUGGCAGUAGACUUUGCUGCAUGCAAAUGUAAAAGAUUUGAUUGCAGGAGAAGGAUGCAGCCAGGAGGGUGAUGCAACAAGGCCGACCCCUGAGGAACUGCUGUGAGGCCUUCACUGUCAAAGGAGAUCAGGUUUACCCCAACCAGUACUACACCCCAGACUUCAGCAUGGCCAAAUACCUCAGGGUAGAUCUGUAGACAGAAAUUCGGUAAGUAACUAUUUUGUUCAUCUGGUCUCUACUAUUUUGCACUCCAGUCUCCUUUUCACCUCAUUUAAGUCCUGAUUUACUUAACAAAAGGCACAUCUCAAUAGGUGUUCAAUGUAUGUCAUGACAUAGCACAAAAGUGUGUGUGUGUGUGUGGGGGGGGGGGGGGGGGGGGGGGGUUUGUUCUCUAUCUCUCCUCUGAGGCCGAUGACAUCACAGAUUCUCAUCAGACCAACUUCUUGAAUGCCCUACUCCUUGAAGUUUACAGUUGUGUAAAAAAUAUAUAUAUUUUGCUCAAAACAUAUAUAUUUUUUACCCUUUAGUGUGUCUACUUUACUGUAUUUACAGUAUACUUGGGAUAUCGUUUUUCAACAGUAAAAGUUAAAAAAUCACUGGAGGAUGUCUUUAAGUUAUUUAGAUGAGUUCAAUAUUCAUUAUUGUAUGGUUAAUGAAGGAGCUUGCUCUGAAACGCAUCAGCAGGAAAUAUUUGUAUCUAUUUUAUUUAACCUUUUAUUUAACCAGGAAGUCCCAUGAGAAGAAUGAUCUCUUUUUGGAGGAGGCGAUAAUUGAAGGGAAUUAAGUUGCCGCCCCGAACCUGAUCCUGUCUUUCAGAAUUGUAUUGAUUUGUAGUUUUAUUUCUCAGCAUGUUGGAGUCAGAGCUCGAGAACUACAAGGCCCAGUUCUCCCGGUUUCAUCUUCACCUGAGCUCAGUCACUGAGGACAUCCAGCGCAUGGAGGCCAAACUACACAGCACCAUCAUGACUCUGAAAAUUCCUCUGGUAAUGUGUUGAACUGUGUUGUAAUGUGUCUGUCACUGCUGUAUACAAUUAAAACAUUGACACAUUGAAUAGACAACAGUCAGAUGCAUUGCACCAUCACACUUUAGCACCAUCAUGACCCCAUAAUUACUGAAAAAGACUGGUAUUACACCUUUAUGUAAUGUAUGACAUGAAUGCCGUUUAACUGUUUACCUGUAUAUUUGAAUGCAGGCCACAGUGAAUCAAGUCAAGGCCAGUGUGACAGGAAUAAACAGCUGCCUGAAGAGAUGGAGCCACUGAAGGUAAAGAGACAUGUUUGCAGUGCCUGAUGCUGUACAGAUGAAAACAGUUAAUACACUGUAUAUGCACUUGGCAGACACCUUUAACCAAAGCAACUAACAGUACAGGGAGGUGGUGUGUCACAGUGCAAUGAGUACAUUUUUGUAUGUGUAUGUUAUCUCUGUGGAAAUUGAACCCAUUAACUUGCUUUGCAUUGCUAGUGCCAUGCUCUUACUAACUGCGGCACACAGGAUACCUAAUCAUUACAAAAAUGACAAUGAAAUACACAUUUUCCUUGCUUUUAUAGUUAAAUGGUCCCUAAUAAAAUGGCAACUAUUUGAUACACACACAUAAAACUUGUUGUGGUCUUGGCUGACCAGGAGGAACGGGGCAAGGUGGAGGCAGAGUGCAGUAAACUGGACCGAAUCCUGAAGAUCUUGGAAAAUAAACUCAAGAAUCAUCAGGACAACAGGCUAUGAGAAGGGAUCUGGCUCUAAAAGAAGAAGAGGUUGCGGUAAGCGAUAAUAUUUGUCGCAAUGUUAGAACCAACCCAUAUAUGGAUAUUUAUCAGUGCAUUAUAUUAUAUUAAUUACAAUUCUUGCAUUCAGUUUUUUAUUGUAAACCUGCGUCUUAUUUUGCUAAGUAAAAAACAAGAACGAUAAGGCCAAGUUGGCAACGUGAAAUGCAUGUAAUAUAAAUGGCAGUUCCUAAUCUGUAGUUUAUAACCUGUUGACAGGAAUUUGUGGCCAAAGCCAAAGAGAUCAGCCCAGAGCGUCAACAGGUAGAUCGAAGCGCGAAGAGAAUUGAUGUGGAGAUCACACGGUUACGGAAGAAGAUCAGUGUUCAGGAGAGUAGCCAUGGAGACGACGAGCAGGUGGUCAGGUAGGAUACUGCAUCAGUACAUAUCCAAACAGCAUUGGAUAUUUCAUAAAAUGUUGCUCAUUCAAUUGUUUUGUAAUGUUUAAUCUCUCGUGGACAGACUACGUUAACACCAAAUUACGCAAUAUUUUAGUUCUGGGUUAACAUUGAUUAUGUCAUGUUAGAAGACAUGCUGUACUUACUGCGUCAAGACAUAUUGAAAAUGUAACAUUUCAAGGCCAAUACUGUACAUGAAUUUUGUAGAUAUCUUUGUCUCCUCACCAGAGAGUAUGCAGAGGCCCUGGCUAACUACAGGUAA